AUGAUUUAUAUAGUUUCUUUUUUUAUAGUAGGCUUAGUACUAGGGUUAGUAGCUGUUGCUUCAAACCCUUCUCCUUAUUAUGCUGCUCUGGGUUUAGUUGUGGCUGCCGGUGCGGGUUGUUGAGUGAUUGUUGGAUUGGGGUCUUCCUUUUUAUCUCUUGUUUUGUUUUUAAUUUAUUUAGGUGGGAUGUUGGUGGUUUUUGCCUAUUCGGCUGCUUUGACGGCGGAGCCUUAUCCAGAGGCUUGGGGGAGUUGGUCGGUGGUGGGCUACGUAGUGGCAUAUAUGGUAGGGGUGGUUACUUGAUAUGUGGUAGAGGGCGGUGUAGAGGAGGACGGAGUUGUGGGUUUAGCAGGAUUGGAGGGUUAUGUGGUUCGUGGGGAUUGAGUUGGGGUGUCUUUGAUGUAUUCUUGGGGUGGAUGAAUGUUGUUUGUAGGGGGGUGAGUGUUGUUAUUAACUUUGUUUGUGGUGUUUGAGUUAAGUCGGGGGCAUUAUAGUGGAAGUCUCCGUGCUUUAGAGUAG